AUGAACUGGCAACAGCCCUCUGGGAAGGCCGGAGAUGGUCCUGCCCAGCCGGAUGCCCCAAAACAGACUGCUGCUCACGUUUGGGAUAAGUUGGAACAUACCAUUCAUAACAUCCCGGUGAGGCACACACUGCCAAUCCUGGGUGACUUCAACACCCCUUUGGCCGCGCACCCCCGGGCUGGCCGAGUGGUCACGAAGUGGAAUGGCCGACUUCCUGCAGACGCAUCCCGACUUACCAAGUUGCUCGAUGAUCAUGAACUUACACACCUCAACUCGUGGACCCGCCGAGCAGGUCCGACCUACGUCUGUGGCGAGCAGAGGAGUCUGAUCGAUCACGUGCUCACGCGCCACACCCAGGCACAUUCCUGGCGCGUGGUACUGGGCGUGACUCCCUUGUUCUGGCCGCCUGGCGUGCAGGCGGGAGACACGCCCUUCAACUCCGACAGUCUCCUCCAGGGCCUUGCUGCACGCCACACUAUGCAGGACCUCAGUGACUGCAUCACUCGUGUCUUGCGGCUGCACCUCCCCUGGAUCCCACAGCGCCAGGUUGGCGCCUUGGCAAACCCCGGCCAUGAGUGUGCCUGUGGCGUCAGCUGUAUCUGGAAUAAGGCGUGGUUCCACUUCACGAAGUUUCAGAAAGCUCACCGAGACUUCCACCGGGCAGGCCGUCUGGCUAAGCACGCCUGGUAUUCCGACAGGUACAGCUUCGUGCCCCUGAGCCUGAUCUCCCCCAGGCCUGAGUCUAUGCCGUCCCUGCAGAUGGACUCGACCGAGCUCUCCAGUGCACUAGCCAGUUAUGCCUAUAGGCUAGCCGAGAUUGCAAACACACUCACGGCCGCCGACGAGCUGUGGCAUGUCCUGGAAUGGUACCGCGACAUCAACUACGUGCUCUCCGUGCAAGGCCAGACUAUGGAAAUCCAGGCCAGCCGCGGCCUGAAGCAAGGAUGCCUCAUAGCGAAGUGGGGCAACCUCCGCAAUCACAUCGCCAAGGGCCAGUGCCCCUUCCUGUGUUCCAAGGACACACUGUGUGCUGCUCCGUCACCCCAGACUGCGCACAUAGCCGUUGCAGACCCGCCCUUCACCGCAGGUCCGGAUCGCGGAUCGUCUAUCCAAGGCGACACAUCACUUUCCCAAGAGCCGGUCACUCUUGCCUCCAAUACUUAG